AAGGGAGCCUGCAGAACCACUCCACGUGGUUUACUACGUCGCACAUAUCAGCCGUUGGACGCCAACCUCUCACAACGAUGAGCUUCUUCGUCGGAGGCGGCAGCGGCAGUGGCGGCGGCCGGUCAUACAGCGAAAGCGAACGCUACUACACUCGCCCCUCCGCCGCCCGCUCCAGCUCCUCCGUCUUCGGCAACUCCAGCUCGCGCGGUAUUUUCGGCUCCAGUAAUGGCGGGAGCUCUUCAUACUACAAGAGACGACCACGGGACGGAUAUAUCAGCUACCUGAUCCACAAGCUACAGCGCAUGUUCAAGGAAUUGUGGUAUUAUGCGAGAAGAAAUCCGAUGAAGGCUUUCUUUGCUGUUGUUGUGCCGUUGUUGAGUGCGGGCGGGGCGAUACAUGGAUUGCUACGGCAGUUUAAUGUUAAGAUACCUAUGAUGGAUGGCGCGACGAGGUUUGGUCGCGGUGCUGGAGGGUAUUAUGGCAGUGCUGGUUAUGGGGCAGACGGAGCGGGAGGAGGAGGCUGGAUGAAUAGUGCUGGUAGCUUGAUGCAGGUUGCAAAGAUGUUUAUGUAG